AUGAGGUUUCGAAUUGCUGCGCUGUCGCUGUUUGCGACGUCCGCUGUCUCACUAUCAACAAUAACAAACACCCAUGACGUCCCCGCGACCGUCCCGACGCUAGCUGCAGUUACCAAAGUGGUUGGGGCCAGGGCCCCAUUGGACAUUGAUAUUGAUAUCAACGCCGCAUGUUUGACUCUUACCAUUGGAGUUACCAUUUGGAUUGGUGAAGGCGAAAUAGUCACGGUCACUGAUACCAAGACCGACACAACAACCGAUAUUAUCACCGACACCGUUACUGGAACCAAUGCGGCAGCUAGCACAGAGACAGUCACGAGUACUGUGACUGUAAGUGGCAGCGCUGCAACGACUACGAUAGUAGAUACCGUGACCAAUACCCAGACUGUCACUGCAACUACCUCAACUGUUACUGUUACAGCUACUAUUAGCGACACGGCUACUGAUACCGUCACUGUGAGUGGUUCAAAUGUCGUCGUAACGGAUACCAUUACCGACGAGAUUACAACAACCGUGGUUGUGUCAGACACAACACUAGGGGAAACCACAGUGAUAGUGACGGACACUCUUUCAGGAUCUGUUACAACUGCUCCGGCUUCAACCACCACGAAAACUAUCACGGAGCCUCCGACUACAGUGACUAUAUCUGGUAGUGUUACCACAAUCCCAGCUUCCACUCGCACGGUGACGAUUGUAGACACGGUCACAGAAUCAGGUAAGUACCCAGUUUUCUUUACUACCAUUAUACAACAGGAGGGAAUUGACAUGAUAUCUACUAUAGGAGGCACCGAGACAAUAGGAUCAACAGAGACCCAGACAUCCUCUGUCACUGUGACCGUUGCCCCAGUCUCCGUGUGCUCCAGUCUUGUCUCUAACCCAAGCUACACACCCGCAACUCAGCUUCCAGACGACUAUACAUGGGGUUGUGCACCCGGAUAUCUUUGCUGGCCUUCGCACACAGGCGACCGCUCUGGCUGUAACGUUGAAGCAGGCCUUCCAGAUCCAGGUUAUAUCUGUUCCCCCGAAGAUUGUAUUGUCGCCCCGCAGCCAGAAUGGAAUACUCAAUCUGGCUAUAAUGUCUCGACCAAUUAUUACAACUUAGAUCCGCGAGACUUUGGGCUCAAUUAUACCAUACUUGAAUACGCUGAGUAUUUCAACUCUAACAGCAAGCGUGAUCUCUCCUCAGGCUGGGGUGGUGCCAAAAAGUCCCACGGCUCCAUUUUGGGUAAGAGAAUCGAUGCAGAUUUAAUUCCUACUAGGUGCUAUCAGUAUUGCGAUCCUGUGGGUAUAAUAGGAGCAUCAUCGCCAAAGGGACCUGAGUUAUGUGAUGCUGGGAGCGAUUUCCUAAGCUUGUUGAAGACCUGUGAGGAUUGUGUGGAUGAUUUCGAACCUAGCCUUUUUUCGGCAUCUCUGCUUCCAACAUUCACACAAUGGUUGAACUAUUGCUCAGAUGAGACCACCGCCACGACUUCGAUGAGUUCCACAAGUUCUCCUGCGCCAACAACUACGAGCGCCCCCACAACCACCACGACUGAUUCAGCCAGUACAAGUUCCGCGGCGACAACAAGCAGCCAGACUUCCACAAAAACUACGACAAGCGCCCAGGUCACUACUACCACCUCUAGUACUUCCAGUACGUCGGCAGAAACAACUCAAAUAUCUGACCAGAGCACAAUUUCAACCGCUGUCUCCACGGUGACAGAGCCUACAACUAUUAGUACCACGUCUCAACCUGUUUCAACGGUCACGUUUUCAGACUCAACAACCGUUGUCUCAGGCUCAACCGUAGUCGUCUCGGGCUCAACAGUAGUUGUCUCCGGUUCAACCAUAACCGAAUCCGCCACGGGAGUGACAAGUUCACAGGCCCUGUCAACGAUCACCUUCCCAAGCUCGACCGUCAUUGUGUCAGGCUCAACUGUAGUUGUACCAGCUUCAACGGUGACUGAGUCCGUUAUUCCGGGUACAGAUGCUUUAUCUGGGACAACAGUGACACGGCCAAGUUCAACCGUGGUAAUAUCAGGAUCGACCGUCGUUAUCCCAGGUACAACAUUCACGGAAUCUGUAUCUCCCGAUACCGCCUCAUUUUCUGCCUCAACAGUAACACGACCAAGCUCAACCUUGAUAGUGUCCGGGUCAACAGUCAUUGUGCCCGCCACAACAUUCACCGAGUCAUUCGCUGCAGGCACAUCCUCUCAGCCGGGCACAACGUUGACGUUCCCAAGCUCAACGGCGAUCAUUUCCGGAUCAACGGUUAUAGUCCCGGGAUCGACAGUAGUCGAGACAAGAUUGCCAAUCGGAACUAGCUCGGUUCGUGGAAGCGGCACUGUAUCUUCCACCCCACCCGCAUCAAGUACUCCCUUCAACGCAGCAAAAUCGGCUCGGGAUGUCCCCCAAUUGGGCUUACUGAGUCUCUUCUUGGCUUUUGCCAUGUCACUCCUUUGA